GUGCCUCUUUUUAUUACUCACUCUUCCCUCCUAUUGUGGACAACGACAAUACUCCCUGUUUGUGCAGGGGAACAGCUAAGCUAUUUUUUUGUUUGUUUUUGUUUUGUUUUUUUAAUUUAAUCUUUCAAUAUCUCAGCCUCAGCAAAGGUCUAACCACAAACCUCUUUACAGGACAGGACCGUGUAAUCCAUUAAUUCUCAGGGUAAUGUAUCGAUUUCCCUAUUGUGCAGAGCAGGGCAGUGGAUAGAAACAUUUGCUGUAUUAAUGAAGACUAUUACUUUAUAUGUGCCCAUUGAUGAUCAAACGUUGGGUGUCUGCAAAAUUAUUUUGGAAAACAUCUGUAUAAAUAGAUUGUUUGUCCCAUUUAUUUUGCUGACCUGUUGAUGAUUUAUAGAUUGUGUUCUGGAUGAUAACUUUUGUCAUGAGGUGGUCACUGUUUGGAAAGUCAAACGCCCUUAUAUGGAAAAUACCUAUUUGGAUAUAUGAACUCUGCCCCACUGCUAAUCUGUGCAUUGUCAUCAUGGCAAUAUGUCCAUUACCAAAGUGUACGUCUGUUUUUUAAGCAGUUGACUGUAGAUGAUUGUUGGGAACAGAAUGCAUUUGAAAAUCACUAGAUGAUUUCAGGUUCAAAUACAUGUUGGACUGUGUCUGUCAAAUUUAUUUAGAAUUGAUUAUUCUAUCGAUUAUUCCAUGUGUUAAACGGAUGGGGAAAAACAUUAGUUUAUUGCAAAAUAUUUCUUUCCUAUUGAUGUCAACUGAUUAUUGUUGUUGAUUUGGUAUUGUUUGGUGAUUAAACAAAACCAAAUAAAGAAAAAUUAAGCAAUAUGAUCCGAGAGGGCAUUUAUACUUACCAAUGUUUUUGAAACAGAGCUUCUUCUUUGGUUACAGAUUAAUGUGAAGGGCUACUAGUUUGAUAAGUACUUCUGAGGCUGCUUCAGAUUCAACUACAUAUGAAUUACAGGUUAUUCAUACAAAGACUGCAAACAAAAUUGUAUUUUCAUGAUAGAUUAAAAUGACUAGUUUUUUUCCAUAGAGUCAGUGAUUGGUUUGGUUCAUAAAAUGUCAGAAAAUAGGCAAAAAUGUUUAUCAUUGUUUCCCCCCCAAAAAAAUGUUUGCAAAUGUCUUUUGAUUAAACACAAAGAUAAUCAGUCUGCUUUCAUGGAUGACUAAUGAAGUCAGAAAAUAUUUACUGUUGAGGGGCUGCAAUCAGAGGAUUUGUACAAUUUUAAGUUAAACAGUGCCUCUAAACGAUUAAUCGAUUAUCAAAAUAUUUGUCGAUUGAUUUGAUGAUAAGUUAGUUGUUACACCCCUACAUACAUAUUUUACUAAACGACUCUACAUGAUCUUUAUAAACUCUAUUUGACCUGGAGCAGGUCAGUCAGAUUAAAGCCUCUUUAAAUAAUGAAGGGGUUUUCAGUCACUGAGGGAGGCACACAACCCACACGUUACUCUAGCAAUUGUCUAGUGUUUCAACAUUAUACUUACUGAAAGUCUGCAAAUUGAUCAUUAUGUUAAAGAUCUUCCUAGCGCUCUUUGUUAAACCUGACUCUUGCAACUGUCUGCUAUACCAACCUUAUACUAAAUUAUUCAAAUUUACACUUUCCACUUUAUUUCUCUUAGAAUUACUAAACACUUCUACAGCAGAACAGAGGCGCUACUAAAAGGUGAUCCUCACAAGAAACCAUGUAGACUAAUUUGGAAAUAGAUGCUAUAAUCAACUGCAAAUGUUUAAAUUGUGCUCCCCCUAAAGUAUAACAUUGCUGUUCCCCUGCACUCAAUUCACCCAUCUCUUGUUCUUUUUAAAUAAUUUUCUUCAUCUUCUUUUAUUAUUUCUUUACUAAGAAUUAUCAGCACAAGCUUUCCACAUGCUUUGGUUUGGCACCCAUGCCCAUUUCCUCAGCAUGCCCUGUUACCAGUGUCUUCCUCAGAAAGUAGCUGGUGGUGGCGCCCUCUUUCUGCGCAUGGUGGCAACACAGGGGCUUUAGGACCCAGGAAAUGGCUCUGUCAACUAGCAUUUAGGCUGUAUUGAUUUGCUUGGUAGCCUUCACUAAUUCAUCUUUUGGAUUGUUUAGAUGUCAGUACUGCAUGAUGCCUGAAGAGCAUGGUUUAAAUUCACUAAAGGCAGGAAUUAUGUACAUCUCAAAUUGGUUCAAACUGUUCCCCACAUGCUGUGGCCUUCUGAAUGAAAAGCCAUAAUGUCUGUCAGUAGACAGCUGUUACUGAGAUUGUGUGCGUGUGUUUCAUUGGAAACAAUCUUCUUGUCAUCCCAGCUGUUAUCAUGUUCACUCUUUCUGAUUCCACAGGAAGGUUCCAGAAGGUCUCUGCUUGGAGUUCAUUUCAACUUUUUUCCAUGUUUCCAGUCUGUUUUAAGCUACCUCUGUGUCAAUGAAUAUCACAUAAAAAUCAGUUUCACACUGAUUUUCUCUUAAUUUCUAAUAUGCUCUCCAAAUCUACAAGAGGUUUUGGGUCACAUGGUUAUCUGAGUGCUCGCCUUUCUCUGUGAUGCAGCUGCCAUUUCUCAUCAACCAAAAUGUGUUGGCUGUGCAUUCUGCAUCCAGAUGAAUUCUUCAGUCAUGUUCCCGGAAUACUCAUGAGCUAUUAAAAGUAAACAUGUUCUGUAGGUUCUCUGCAGUCCAGACAAAGCUUCUGCACACAUUCAUAUUUAAUGUCAGUAGAGAAGUCCGAAAGAAAAAAAUGCAUUUAAAAAAAAACUUGUACAGUGCAAUCAUCCAACAUUAACGGUGGCCCGGGGCCACUAUGCCACGGUGUCGGGCCACCACCUACCUAUAGACACUGGCCCGCUUGGGCCAGUACAAAUACUGAAAAUUUUCACCCGCCGGUCUGAAACAUCUCGUCCAAGACAGGAUGUUGCGAUGACGUAAAGAGAAACUGCGACCAGUACCGCCUGACUGGAUAAAUGACCACGCAUUCGGGUUAGCCUCAAGAUGAUAGCUGAGUCUAACACUGCUAGCCACAUACAGAAGCUCAUAUUUUGCAGUCUGUAGAAUGUUAAUCUGCCCUCCCUAAGCGUGCUUUAAGAUGCAUAGUGACCCCCAGUUGGGUUUAAUGUAAAACUAAGUGCGCAACAAAAAUGAUUCCCCUCAUUUUAUAUUUAAAAACAAGCCAUAUCGUUUCAGAAAUCGCCAGAUUAAUGCUAACAGUCAAUGGAAAUUCCUAUUGACAGGCUAGCUAGUAUUAGCAUUUGGUCACAGGAGGGAUUUACCUUCAAAUAAAUAUUCACACACAAACGUCGUAGUAACACAUACAAACUGGUAAUAUAACAGUAGAUUAGGCUGGACCAAACUCUCGACCUCCUCUUGUUGACACACACACACACACAUAUAUAUAAAACAGUGAUUCAUUUGAUGGCAUCAUCAGCAGUUCUGUCACAACUGUAUUUAUGCUUUGAGUUGCAUACUAAUCAGUUGCGCUCAUAAUGUUCCUGCAGCCAUAAACUUAGCAUGAUGCAUAGAGAUUGGUAUAAACACAUGAGCUGGCUUAGCACAGAUAUUUAAUAAGGAAGCAUUCUCAGAUUCACUCUGACAGCUGUGACGUUGACACCAAUCAGUAGGCACGCUCUGUCAAACGAAGCGCUGUCUGUUAAUUAACUUGAAUAUUAGUAAUGAGGGUUAUAGUCAUUUGCGGAUCUGUAAUGAGAUAACACUACAAUUAGAGCCAAAUACAGUCAUUUCUAUUAACCUGGAUUUUUUUUUAACCUGAAUUAAUUUUUUAAUUGAAUUUCAUUGUACCCCUACAAAAAAAACAUAUAUAUAUUUUUUUUUUGUAUAUUUUUAUUUCCCCCCCCCCCCCUCUCUCUCUCUCCUCCUAAAUUUAGCGGACUGACACCAGAGCAUCUCCCUCACCAAUGUUGCCCAAAACUAACCUCUCUAUAUUAUUUUUUUAUUUUUUUAUUUUUACAAGCUUUGUUCUAUUGAGAACUUUGUUCUAUUGAGACUGUAAGUGUAGGUCAAUCAAUCAUAAAUAUUAUUGUAAUCUGUAUCUAUGAAAGAUAUAGAUUUGCACAUUUUUUAAAAAAGUCUUAGAUGCAAUGAACGCAGUGUGAUCAACAGUCCUAAAUAUAAAGCUCCUGUGAUAUAUUUUUUUAUCUGAAAUUUAAUGACAUGAGUUCAAGCUGCCCAUAGGGGAUGCCGCAAAAUGUUCGUAUUUAUACAUCUGUCAAUUUUAAAAUAUUGUACUGUACAGUGGAACCUCAGAGAUCAAUCACAAUCUAUUUUGUGAUGCAGCUUCUUUUUUUUCAUUAAAUACAAACUCAAUUUUCAUUUGAGAUGAAUUCAAUUUGGUAAAACCUGUGCCCGAGCAGAACUAUCACUAUUACAUUAGAACUAUUACAUCAUUAAACCUUUAAUAAAAACAUGAAAUCUUUUAAACAACAUUUUGUCAUACAAUAAAGUAUUUAAACACUCUUGACUUUGAGGAAUGAGGAGGGAUACUUUGUUGCUGAUGCAAUUCUUUUAGUGCAGAAUUAACCAAUAAUGUAACGCUGAAUCUUAAAAUGUAAUUGCAACGCUUGACCUUUUGAUCACAAGUGAGAGUUAGGCUAUAUAGCAGCUUCUCAGUUUGUGGGUAGGGCAAGAAGCUGGUAUAGCAAUCUACAACUUUAUUCUUGGGAGGCACAUCUGCUUCACAGUUCUGAGAACCAGGGUUCAAAUCCGGCCUAGCCUGUGUGGAGUUUGCAUGUUUUCCCCAUGCCUGCGUGGUUUUUCUCCGGGUAUUCCGGUUUCCUCCCACGUCCCAAAAACAUGCACGGUAGGUUAAUUGAAGACUCUAAAUUGUCCGUAAGUGUGAAUGUUAGUGCGAAUGGUUGUUUGUUUAUGUGCCCUGUGAUUGCCUGGCGACCAGUUCUCGCCCGCAGUUAGCUGCGAUCGGCUCCAGCAUACCUGCGACCAUGAACAUAAGUAAUGUAGAAAAUGGAAAAAAUUGAUGCAUCUUUAUUCUUCUUGAGAAACAACACAAACAAAUGGUCAGUCACAGAAGAUCGACAAUCAAAUCCAGUAACACACCAAUAAAUGAGACUUGUCUACAUUUGAAACUCGCAUUAUACUGUCUGAAACACAGAAGAAUGCAUGGUAACAUCCAGUGGAUAUUCUUCUUCUCCUCGCACAGCAUUUUUCUUCUUUCAGCACUUCUGUCAUUAAACAUUUUGGCGAAAAACCUGACACCAUCCAUUCUCAUUGAAGGAUAUUUGUCAAUUUCCCAUACUUUAUGAGCUUUAUGAGUUGAGGUUCCACUGUUCAUUGGUAUAUAUUAUUGUAGCUCAAUAAGAUUUGUGCGUUUUAAGCUCAACUGGUGAUUAUCAAAUAAUGAUCAAUGUAUGUGCAUUUGUCUGUGUAAGAAAGAACGUAUGAAUAUGCGUCUGUCUUUAUCGUUCAAGACCCUGCUAAAGACAGCAUAGGCCAUGCUGUUCUCUAACAGUUUUUUCUCAUCCUUCCUCUUCCUCUGAAAUGGACCUUUUACAGAUGGAGAAGAUAGCCCAAGAGAGGGAAAAGUUUGCAGAUGAAGACAGCAUAUUUUACACUCUGGGAGAAUGUGGCCUCAUCUCCUUCUCUGACUACAUCUUUCUCACCACUGUGCUUUCCACUCCCCAGAGGAACUUUGAGAUUGCUUUUAAGAUGUUUGAUCUCAACGGUGAUGGAGAGGUAGACCUGGAGGAGUUUGAACAGGUCCAGAGCAUUAUCCGUUCUCAAACAAGUAUGGGCAUGCGACACCGCGAUCGCUCAACCACAGGAAACACCCUAAAGACAGCCGGCUGCAGUUCGGCACUCACCACCUACUUCUUUGGAGGAGACCUGAAGGGAAAACUUACCAUCGGCAGCUUCCUGGAGUUUCAGAGGAAGCUGCAGCAUGAUGUGCUUAAGCUCGAGUUUGAGCGGAAUGAUCCUGUGGAUGGACGAAUCUCAGAGAGACAGUUUGGCGGUAUGCUGCUGGCUUACAGCGGCGUUCAGUCUCGUAAACUCAAGCAGAUGCAGAAGGGAUUGAAAAAGAUGUUUAAGGAUGCACAGGGUAUCACAUUUGAGGAGGUGGAGAAUUUCUUUACCUUUCUGAAGAAUGUCAAUGAUGUGGACACAGCGCUGAGUUUCUACCACAUGGCUGGAGCAUCCAUAGAUAAAGUGACCAUGAAACAGGUGGCCCGCACCGUAGCCAAGGUGGAGUUGUCAGAUCACGUGUGCGACGUGGUCUUCGCCCUGUUCGACUGCGACGGGAAUGGCGAGCUCAGUAAUAAGGAGUUCAUCGCCAUUAUGAAGCAGCGGCUCAUGCGUGGGCUGGAAAAACCCAAGGACAUGGGCUUCACUCGGUUGGUGCGCGCCAUGUGGAAGUGUGCUCAGGACACCGCCUGGGACUUUGCAAUGCCAAAGACAUAAUGGAGAGCAAAGGUGACACGCGAGUGGGAGUAACAACGCCAUUAGAGGCAGACAUUUUCCUUCAAAAGUUCCAACGACUGCAGCCAUGAGGUGUUUCAUCGCCCAUUCUGGUGUCAUGAUGCAUGCACAGUGUGUCUGUGAGGCUUCCCGUCAAUGCAUCACACACUUUUGUAUAAUGGGAAAUAUAUAAGUAUAUAUUUAUUUUUUGCCAUAUUCAGUGCACCAUGUGACCUUUUUUUUAAAUCUUGAAUCUUAUUAGGCAAGUUUGUUAGAAUCUCUAUAGUUACUUCCAAGGUUCUUUUACCAUUUAAAUAUUUUUUGUUCUUUUAUGUCACUAAAAUAUCUAUAAAUGUGUACUUGUCCAAAUAUUACAUUGUGCACUGAAACACUUAUGAUGAAUGUAAUGCAAAUUAAAGAUUUGUAUUGAGAAAUGUAA